AUGGGUUCCAUAUCAUUUCAAACCCCUGAGAAGAUGAACGAUGAGAAUAUACCUCUACCUCAAGCUCCACAUACGCCCAACUCACACAAGAUAUCAGAUUUGGGACGGACAUCUUCCCAAAAGAAAGCUCGACAAAUUUUUGAUAGUUUAAGAGGUUUGAAGUCACGCGGGAGACUCAACAUUGAUGUGGAAGAUGUGGGAGGUUAUUCUGCUGGUCCUUCUAGCCCCAUUCGCUGCAAAAAUCCAACAUGGGACUUCUUGGGAACCAUUCGUACAAAGAAAUCUGGUGAAUUUGGUACUCCUGAGAAUGAAAGACCUCUCACCACAACUCCUCUCAAAGCAGAGCCGCAAAUCAACGAGGCAUCGAAACUGCUUCCAAGAAGACGAAAGAGUCUCGUUGACAUACUCGGAUCAAUCUCCAACAAGGUAUCCCCUAGACGUAGUACAACCCUUCGUGAAAACACUCUCGGAGAAGAGAGAUUACCAAGUUAUUGUGAAGAGGACGUAUUUGCCGAGAGGUUGGCAAAAGAGUUGAUAGAUUUGAAAGCGAAUAAUUCGAGUCCUCUGCAAACAUCAGCAUCUGAUGGUCAAUCAAGAUUUCCUCAGGAACGAUUAGGAGGAACUUAUAAUUUGGAAGAGAAUCUCAAUACCAUAAUCGAGAAUCUUCAAAAACUCCGACAGUCUGAAGAUCUACCCAAUGGUCGAGCAGAAUACGACGCAGACAGUUGGACGAGUCAAGCGCACACAAUACAAAGUGUAGGAUCUAAUGAGCAUUUGACAAGUCAAUUUCCAACAACAGAUAUAGAUGAAGACGAAUCAAAAACGCCAGACUCAUAUCUUUGCUCGAUGAUUGAGUCUUUUGACGACUAUAACAAUGAAUCAUUUGCCGCCAAAGGGAAAGGUUUGAUUGUCUCUCCGUCGCCCUCCCCUGACAAGUUACGCCCAACCAAACCCGUUGAUUUUCUGAAGGAUUCGAGCCCAGAUGUGAUUCCUGAGAGAUCAGGCCCAAGCAAUCAAUUCAUGGAUACAAUUUCGUCAAUAGGUUGCCAAAUUAAUACACUGGCAAUACCAGAGCAAAACUCCCACCAAGGGACACGGCCAAUGAUUACAAUUCGGGAAGUGACAUCUGAUUCUAAAUCUAACUCGGCAUUCGAGGAUCAGUUAGCUCCAUCACCACCAACAUGGCAAGCCGCAGCAAAAUCUAGAAACGCAAUGCUGGAAAGCAGAGCCAGAGUUCCUUAUCAAUUUGAUAGACAUUAUGUUCAAAAAGUCGAUGCUCCUUUUGUGAACUUGGUUGAAGAACGAAAGAGUCACUGUCAGAGAUCACAGCCACCCCCUUCUAAGUCCGAUGAAUCAGAUCACCAGAGAAUUGCCCACAAUAUCAAGCAGACCGUAAAUAAAAUGACAAAGAACCUCCAUCUUUCCUCUUCCUCGGAAGAGACAAUAGAAGAUUGGGACGAGAGAAUCUCAGAGGAGACAUCUGACAAGAACCUAGACAAAAUCUCGGAGACCGUCGAACAUUCUCAUACAAAAACAAUUGAGGAAGUCUCGGGCGUUAAAAUGAUACGCAAAAACAUAAGUUCGUUCACGAGCAGGCAGUUUUUGGACGGCGUGAUGUAUGUCAGAUAUCCUCAAACAGAGGCCAAAUGGCGCCACAAGCAAUACUUCUCAACAGGAAGCCUUGCCAUAUCAGAUAUUCGCAAACGAAACAAAGGGGAAUACUCGGAUACAGUAUCGUAUUGCCCAGAAGAAAUUUGCAUUUACGUUCAUCUAUGGGGGAAGGUUCCCAAACCAGAGUCUGAGCUUAGUGUUCGCGUCAAAUACCCGGAAACAAAGACUCGAUGGGCUCGAACCAAAUUUUAUGACAAUGGCGAUCUUGCCAUGGCUGAUAUGGACCAAGAGAAUCGAGGUGAAUUCUCAGACAUUCGAUACGAUGCAUCCGAACGCUGUUUUUAUGUUUAUGCAUGGGGUGAUAUUGUUGAAGAACCGAAACGUGAGGUUCGCGUUAACUACUCAGAAAUAAAAGCUGGAUUGACACGAACACAGACCUACGGAAAAAAUGAUUUAGCAUUGGUUGAUCUGUGUGAACAAAGCCGUGGAAGUUUGUCAAAAGUCAGAUACAAUGCUUCGGACCGCAGGCCCCAAUCUUUCACAUUGGAUGAAGCUAUGGAUGAACUCCACAGUUAUCCCUUCGCAGGUUUUCUCAAAUCAGAGACGGAGCGCGAAUUUUGUGUUGGCUCUCCAGAAUCGACUCAAACCCAAAUUUCCGAACCCAAACCGGAUAUCUCACGAGUUGAAAUCGACAAGAAUUUCACGUUUCUUUACAGUGCUCCCGAACAAAGCUCACGUGUAGAAGCACAAAUGGCAGGUAUCGAGCCAAUUUACAGAACCCGCGAGCCUGCAUGGAGACCAACACUAUCGCCUCUCGGUGAUAGGGAUGAGAGUGACCAAGAUCUACCCGAUUUCUCCGAUUUGGAGAAUGAGUUCCAACUAGUUACCAUCAAAUCUCCUGAAAGUUCUUCACUCAGUAUAAAAUCGCAAGAAGAAGCAGAGGAAGCAGCUGGUGAGGAUAUUUCAGGUAGCAAUGAUAUGAGCCUCUGCGUGGAAGCUGGAACUCCUCGAAAGUCAGAUCAUGAAUUUAUUACUGAAUUAUUCAUGGCAAACGAUUCCGAUAGACCGGCACCUCUUCUUAGAGGCUCUAAGCAGAUUCUCGAGUAUUUGGAUAGCUUUGAUGGUGUGAAUCGCAGCAGCAAUUCUGUGUACGCUGCCAAUGAUCUUCAGUCAAAUCGCAAGACCGCAACAAAGAUAUGGGCUGAAUCCGAAAAUGCUGGAGAAAUGUACGAUUCUAUUGAGCCAACUCCCGAAAGCGUUCAAGCUAUGAUAGACGAACUUUUCGCUCAAGCCACUCACCACGCAAAGCUUGACGACUCUUCGGAUGAUGGAGGUGCAUCUUUCAAAAUCGAAGUUGUUGAGGAAGAAACUAGAGAGAGCUCAAAUUCAUCUUUUAAAAAAGGGCACAAGCUCUCAAGGUUUCUUGAUAAUCAAUAUUGCGGAGUUUCAGGACCCAACGACGUUCCAAAGAAUCAAGAAGAGAUAGCUUCUGGAACAAAGGGUGCAAAAGAACACACUAUUUUCAAUUUUGGCAAGGAUAUGAUACAUCGCAGGGAGCGUUCAAAUGCCAUUUCUGGAGAAGGCCCUUCAGUGGCUAUGCGGUCGAACAAAUUGGAUGAGAGUAUAUUCAUUCUUCCUAUCGAUAACAUUGAUUUAUACGAGGAAAAUGCUGGUUGUGGUGAUUCAAAAUCACCCUGCCCUACAGAAAUCAAUGAGAAUAUAGCAGCCUUUUCUACUGACGCGGACUUGACAGUCGUGGUUCCUGAACCCAUUGAUACUGCGACUGUGACUAACCACGAAACGAACAACAAUCUUUCCAGUCUUGAUCUGGCCAAAGCAGAUUCCGAGAACAAAGAAGAGACAGCCAAUGUCAAGCCAGGUCUCUGGGCCGGCACCUGUACAAAAGAGCAGAAUAAGUGCGAUGCAUCCGCAUGCACUGCAUCUUCUAUAUUCGGUAAACUAGGUCUUGAAACCGCGCUUGCACCAGCAGCAUCAAAAAUCGAGGAAUUUGCAACAUCUGACAACAAAAAAGACGAGUCAACAGAACCGAAAGGCAACGAAAACAUAAUUCAAACCCCCAGUCUUCGUGUAGAAACAGUGUCGCAAGCAUUUAUAGACAACGAGGUUCUUCCACAACUCAACACAAGAAUUGAAUCAAAGCGAGUCCCUACGUUAGUAAACAUCUUUCACUCACGAGGAAUGGCGUCCCCAUCUUCAGCUCGGCCAUUCUUAGAUAAAUGUUCCUCUCCUCUCCAGCCAAUCUCAACUCCCAAACGAGUAGAGACAUAUACUCCAAUUCAAAUUCCGAGAAUCGUUACGCCUUCGGGGAAGAUUUAUAGCCCUGCGCAACUGGAAGAGGACAAGAAAGUUUCGAAUCCAAUCCAGAGGGUUCAGACGCCGGGAAGUGGGCUGGAGAAGCAGUGUAAAGGUAGAGAUUAUUUUAGUGUGAACAUGAGUGUGGAUGAUACGGAUGAUGUAGAUUUGAGUGGUGAUGAGACGGAGAUUAGUGAGGGAUUCGGCGAGAAGUUGGAGAGAAUGAGGGUGAGUAAGUAUUGCUUGAUAAACGAAGAGGACAAAAGUACGAGUGAGAAUGAAGUAAAGGUAUGA